GAUCUAUUCAUGGAAAAAACAAAGAUUAAUAUUUAGCGGGAAGACGAUUUUUUUUUCUGUUUAUUUUAAAAGCUUUUUAUAUUUAAUUUCUUUUAGGGUUUUUUUCCUUUACUUUUUAUUCUUCAAUUCACUGAUUACUCCUCAGCUUAUUUUGUGGUGAGGAAGUUUAGUGGCUGAAUUUGAUGGACGACCUACAUUUAGAAGAUAGUACUUAUAGUGAGCAGAGUCCGGUUGCUACUCCAACCAAUGCUUCAACUUCUGAGAGUGCUUAUCGUACGAAUCGAUUGGCGGUCAAGCAAAAGAAUGGGGAUGCUGAUCUUGUUGAAGGUACAACGAAGAAAAAGGUAUCAAGAAUGCCUGGUGGUGGGCUGCGCCAGUUCAGUGUCAUGGUUUGUAAGAAGUUGGAGAGUAAGGGGAGCACCACAUAUGCUGAGGUUGCAGACGAAAUUAUAGAAGAGUUUGCUGCCACUCAGAGUAAUACUGCCGGAUCUUUAGAUGAGUUCCAUGAGAAAAACGUUCGACGACGUGUGUAUGACGCAUUGAAUGUACUUAUGGCAAUGGAUAUCAUUACGAGGGAGAAGAAAGAAAUCAGGUGGAAAGGACUUUCUACUACGCAAACAAAGGAUUUAGAAGAACUUACGGCAGCACAUGUUCAACUAAUGACAAGCAUCUCGCGUAAAACAGCUUAUUUGAAAGAUUUAGAAGAACAAAUUGCAGGUCUCCGGAACAUAAUCAAACGAAACCAGCGGAUGCUCAAGAGUAAUAAUAAUAAUAAUAAUACAGCUCCUAAAGAAGGAUUUACGUUGCCGUUUAUAUUGGUUCAAACUAGUCCGCAUGCAACUGUUGAGAUUGAGAUUUCUGAAGAUAUGCAACUGGUACACCUUGAUUUUAACAGCACGCCAUUCAGUUUGCAUGACGAUGCUUACAUUCUUAAGUUAAUGCAUUGCUACCAACAACCCGAAGGUAGAAACCUCUCGCAAAGUUCUUCCAUUCAUUCGUCUUCAAGCUCUUGCAAAGCAUCCGGCGGAGUAAGCAAACCGUUUUACUGGAAUUCUGAAGCGGAUACCGUCAAACAAGGUACGUUGAGAAGAUGAAUAGAAUCAUUAUAGUCAUUAGCCUUCUAACAAACACAUGUAAAACUAAAUCCAUGGUACUUGUAUAUUGUUAUUUCAUUUAGAGAAAAAAAGAAGUAUGGGAUUAUUAUUUAUUUUGCAUCAUUUGUGAGAUCUCUUGAUUUGUUCCUUAA